AUGAGCGCUCAAAAUGCCCCCAACUCCUCCAACGUUUCGGUGAGUUACCUCGUAGCAAGCAACAACUCUAAGGACACUAACGUUAGUGCAGCAUGUUCGAAGAACUCCAACAGUACCGUCCCAAAAGGCUCGAAGACAUAUGUCGCUAGUUUGCGCGUCAACGCGACUCACAACAAUUUUGCUGCUGCCAUUCUCAUCUCUCCAACACACCUCCAAACUGAAGGAGCUAGUAUUGGUGGCAACAUUCGGUACGCCUCAAUUGGCUCUCACUACAACAAUGGAACGGAAGAUGGAGAGCAGAUCAAGGUCGUGGCAAUUCUGAGCCACCCUAAUAUCUCAGAAGAAUCCCAGUACUCAUUUGACUAUGUUAUCCUGCAAUUGGAGAAGCCUAGUUCGUUCAAACCGAUUCCGCUGGACGCAGCCGACGGCUCAGAUAUCAAGUACGGUGAGAAUGUUAUUAAGUUGGGCUGGUACAACACCGGAGGUGAAGGCCAGAAGGCACAUGAACUCCAGCGCGCGGACGUUCAACUGAUGACAAACGAGGAAUGCUCCAAAGUCACGUCAGUGGAUGAUACCAGGAUGUGCUCGCGUCCAGUCGGUAGCCAGGAAUCCAGCACGGGUGACUAUGGUGGUUCACUGGUUGUUGAGCGCCCGGAAGGUGACAUUCUGGUUGGUAUGGUCAGUUGGGGGACGAUUGCAGGAAAGCAGGAUACCCCGAGCUACUACUCGCGUAUUCCGGUUGGUCGUGACUUGAUAGAGUCAACCAUCAGUGGUCAAUGUUUCCACUGA